UGUUUAUGCCCACAUUAUCCUGCUGUGCUAGCCCUGAGAAAUUUAGAAGCUAGGGUAACUGGAGAUACCAAAUGAGUCUGUAAAUAUCUGUGGUUCCUUGUUGGAAUGUUCCAUUUUAUAAUGACCAGAAGAACCUUGUUCACCUAGCUGAGGCUAAGUAAACAACUUAACCAGUGUAUAUAACUUGAGAUGAAAAUGGCUGCAGAAGUCUGCUAAGGAAUAUGCUUAAAGAUCAGAUAAAAGGUCUCAGAAAAAUUUGGUAUAAUUCUAGCAGACAGAGUUUGUCUUCUAGUAUAAAUCUGACUUUCUACACCACAGCGCUUUUUUGUGUGUGUUUUUUUACUAUUUGUCAUGUCAAGUUAAAGGUCUGCAUUAAAAUACUAGGUUACAUUAUUUUUUAAAAUAAUUCCAUUUUCUCAAAAACUAUUGGGAUUUUUAUUUUCAGAAGGGCAGAAAUUUUCACACAUCCUAAACAGCAGCAUGCAGCUUCCUACUUGAGUCUGAGGAGUCCAAAGUGCUGGGACAUGGGAGUGCUGUAGAGUGGUGUCUGCUGGUACAGGCCCGUGCUUCAUGCAGUUAAUUUUUUCUUGGGACUUAGUUUUGCAGAUUUGCUACCCAGUAAUCAUUAGAAGUAAGUGGCUUCACAGAGUAGUAUUUUAGUGAGGAAAUGUAGUAAAGCAGUUUUUAAAAUGCAGCAUUUGAAAAAAGACUUUAUGGCAUCAUGCUUGCCUGUUGGCUGUGAAAGAAUGUUGCUUGACAUGGAAAACUGCAAGUGAGCCACUUAUUUGCAGUCAGUAGUGUAUGGGAGUUGAAGAACAGUGUCUGAAUUACUAGACAUAAUUUCCCAAGUGGGGAGUUGUAGUGCAGUAUGCUUUAACCAAGUUUAGGGAGAACAAUAGGACGGAAAAUGCUUAGUAAUUUAAGAAUCCUGUAUAACUGGGAGGGAGUUAUUUAAGAAUUAAGUCCAUUAGUAACAAUUGAGUUUAUAAUCUGGAAGCUAUUUGCCUUCAGGUGGACAAAUGUCUCUACUGCAUGAACAGUGAACGAACAGCAGCUUGAAACUGCCUGUGGUGUAUAGUGAACCCCUGGCCCACUUGACUUAAAGCCUUUUAAAUCUACCUGCAGUGGAAGCCUGACAAAUAGAAAAAUACUACAAAGUGAAGAGAAAAUUUACUUCAUGAGAACUGAGCUCUGCUUUCAUUUGCUUUUAAAUUUAUUUAUGUUAGUAGCUGAUUAGUGUCAGAUCAUCUCUGUAGUCUGCUGUGGUGAAAUUACUAGGUUAAGACUGGAAAAAAUGAAACAGUUAAAAAGAAAAAGAAAAAGCAAUUUUAGUGUUCAGGAAACUCAAACUCUUCUUAAGGAAAUCAGGAAAAGGAGAGAAGUGCUCUUUUCAAAGCAACUUAAUACAACAAUUAAUGAGAUGAAGCGGAAAGCUUGGGAGGAAAUAGCAGAGUGUGUCAAUGCUGUGGGUGAAGGAGAGCAGAGAACAGGGACAGAAGUUAAAAGGCGAUACCUUGACUGGAGAGCACUCAUGAAGAGAAAACGUCUGAAUGCAAACAUCAAAGUAGUAGGUGCUGGGUUUCACCUUCCUUCAUCCAAUUUAGAUGACUCUCUCAAUGAAGACAUGGAUGAGAAAAUGGGAUUUGCAAUUGAAUCUAGUUUUGAAUGGCAAAAUAUCAGUGACUUCAGAGAAGCUGGUGGAUCUUUAACAGAAAUCAAAGUAGAAGAGGAAGAGGAGGAUCCGCAGAAUUUUGAAUUUCCUAUUGAGGAGGAAGAAGAAAUAUUGUCAUCAGUUCUGCCAGAUUCAAAAAAGGAAAGUGACCUACCAGACUUCCCUCACAUUGAAGAGUUUGGAAACCUGAGCUCUGCUCAAGCCAGGCUAGCCUAUGAAGAUUCUCACUUGCUUAUAAAUCUGGAGAAGCAGAAGGUGGAGCUGGAGAAGCAGCGGCUGGACAUUGAAGCCGAGAGGCUGCAAGUGGAGAAGGAGCGGCUGCAGAUUGAGAAGGAGCGGUUGCGGCACGUUGACUUGGAGCGGGAGAGGCUUCAGAUUGAGAAGGAGCGACUUCAGAUCGAGUGGGAGAAACUCAGGCUAGAGACUCUGCAUGCUGAAAAACCUGCCCUGGAAAGUGACCUCACCCAAACUGAAAAACCCAUCAUGCAGCCUCUGGAUCUAGAAACGGAAAAGUUAAAACUUGAAAAGGAACGUUUGCAGUUAGAGAAAGAGAGGCUGCAGUUCCUCAAGUUUGAGUCAGAGAAGCUGCAGAUUGAGAAGGAACGCUUGCAAGUGGAGAAGGAGCGCCUUCGAAUUCAGAGAGAGGGUCACUUGCAGUGAACGUCUCAGCUGAGGUGUCAACGUUAGUGUUUUGAUGUUUCUAAAUUAGAAGUAGUUCUUUCCUUGAUACUGAAACUGUCCUAGAGGCUUAACAUUCUUCUUUUCAAAGUUGAAUGUUGAUGUUAAACUGAAAAAAAAUGGUGCUCAGUAUGUCAGUGUGCCUACAUAAAUGAGCUUAUGUGUGAAAUUGCUUUUCAGUGUAUCGGAACUUAAGUGUUAUGUUCUCUUGUCUUCAGUAUUGUGCUGUAUUAGUUCAGUGUCCUCCUCUCAUAGAGGCCUUGAGAAGAACCAAGGCUGAACCUUGUACUUUCUGUCACUGUACUAACAGUAAGGAAGGAUCAGAAUAAAUCAGCAUUUGCUGUGAGGACAUGGUGCUGAUGAUAGCCUGUAUAGUAAAGAAGUAUAAUUUCAGCAGAACACAGUCAUUGUGAGGGCGAUUCAUUAAAUUUUAUUCCCCCCUCUUUUUUUCUCCACCCCUAGAACUGGGAAAAGCAGUUGAAGAUUUAUCUAGAAGUUAAAGUGCAAGUUAAAUUUGUUGCGGUUGUGUUUACUGUUGUUCCAUGGCUUGAACUGAACAGGAGUGCAGAAAAUAGGUUUGAGGUUUUUUGUGGGGGUUUUUUUGGAUGAAGUAUUCAUACUAGGUAAAGUCACACAUCAGCCAUAUCUACUAUAAGCUGGCCUGUUGGUUUUUCUUAGGUCAUUAGUAAUGCUGUAUGGAGUAGAGCAUCUGUGCUAGCACAGCACAGGGAUUUACUGAUUGGUCAGGCAUGCUGUCUAGUGAGUCUGUGAUGACCCCCUGAAGGAAGUUGCUAGACCUUGUUUGUUCUUGGAAGGCAGUAGCUGGUGAUGGGAGUCUUAAGAAAUGGAGACUGGGCACAGCCUAAGAACCUCUGAGCUUGAACACUUCUACACGUCAUUGCUGGUUCUGCCUGGCCAGCACCAAGGUCGCAUCUGCAAGGCAGCCAGAAGAGGCUUCUGUGGCUGUGUGUGUAAUAUAUUUUAAUUAGACACAUAGAAAUGGUCAGUGCUGAAGGCUGUUAGUAUUUUUCAUAGGCAAUGUAGUCAUAUAACAAAAAAACCCCAAACAACCAAGGAAGGAAGCUUUCUAUUAUUUCAUGUAUGUUUAAAUCCCAGCUGAGCCAGGCUUUACCCUUCUCAUCUUUCUGCAAGUAACUAUCGUGUUAACUCCAUUGGAAAUGUAGGACUGUGGGAAUACUAAGCCUAAACAUAUGUUGAGUGACUUAGGUGAAUUCUUGUGCAAGUAAAUAAUAUUUAUACCACUACAGGUUUACUUUUAUUCUGCAAAGAUUAUUUUUUUAUUACUGAAACAAGUGUGCUUCUACAGUGGAAAUAAAUUUGACUACUACAUUCCAAAA